AUGAAGAACACCACGACCCUAACGUUCACCAUGACGGCAUUCGCGACCCUGGAGAACCACAAACAUGUGUUCUUUACUCUCUUCUUCUUCCUCUAUAUUGUCACUAUCUUCCUCAAUUUACUCCUGAUCAGCACCAUCCACCAAUGCAAACAGCUGCACCAGCCUAUGAAUAUUUUUGCAUGUAUGUUAUGUUUCAACGAAAUCUACGGGAGUAGCGCGUUGCUGCUUCCGGUUAUGAGCAUCCUUUUGUCGAAGACGCAUGCAAUCAGCGUCAACGCGUGCCUCGCUCAAGUCUUCUUCUUGCAUACAUUUGCAGCUUCCGAGUUGUGCAUACUCGCCCUCAUGAGUUACGACCGAUAUGUUGCCAUCUGUUUCCCUCUUCACUAUCACACCAUCAUGACUCCUUCCAGGAUCUACAAACUGAUUGCAGUUGUGGGCCUUUAUCCGUUUGUUGUAUUUUCUUCUUAUUUUAGUCUCACACUGCGGCUGAGUUUUUGUGGGAAAUUCAUACCCAAGCUAUACUGUGUCAAUAUGGAAUUAGUCAAAAAUGCAUGUUCAAACGCAUCCCUCAUAAGUAUUGUUGGGCUUGGGCUUGUUGUGUUGUUUUUGUUCCCUCAGCUGAUAAUGAUUAUUUUCUCCUAUGCACAGAUAAUCAGAGUUUGUAAGAAAUUAUCUAAAGACUCCCAGGUUCUUGCACUUAAAACAUGCGUGCCACAUUUAUGUUCUGUUUUAAACUAUAGCAUUGCGUCCCUGUUUGAAAUUGUUCAGACUAGGUUUGAUAUGAGUUAUGUUGCGAUUGAAGCGCGGAUCUUCUUGUCAAUGUAUUUCGCCAUCAUUCCACCUGUCACCAACCCGCUGCUAUACGGACUCGGAACGUACCUUGUUCGAGUUCAAAUUAUAAAACUGUGUGUUAAAUAUAAACUCCUUUCAUUAAAAUUUGCAAAAAGGAUCAUUCCAACCGAGACUUUUACUGUGAGCAAGCAAUAA